AUGGCACCCCUCGCGAACCAGAAGUCUUUCAAGCUGUCCAAUGGCGUCAUCAUGCCAGCCGUCGGUUUCGGCACCUUUGCCAGCGAAGGCGCAUCUGGCGAGACGUACGCUGCCGUAACCACAGCGCUCAAGACGGGCUACCGCCAUCUCGACUGCGCGUGGUUCUACCAGAACGAAGGCGAAGUCGGCGACGCCGUCCGCGAUUUCCUCAAGGAGAACCCCAACGUCACACGCAAGGACCUUUUCAUCUGCACGAAAGUAUGGAACCACCUGCACGAGCCCGAGGAGGUCAAGUGGAGUUUCGAGUCGAGUCUGAAGAACUUGGGCGUUGACUACAUCGACGCGUUCCUCGUCCACUGGCCCAUUGCCGCAGAGAGCGAUGACAACCACCAGCCCAAGUUGGGUGCUGAUGGCAAGUACAUCAUCAAGAAGGAGCUCACAGAGAACCCAGAGCCCACAUGGCGCGCCAUGGAGGAGAUCUACAACUCCGGCAAGGCCAAGGCGAUCGGAGUUUCCAACUGGACUAUCCCCGGCCUGAAGAAGCUGCUUCAGAUCGCGAAGGUCAAGCCCAUGAUCAACCAGAUCGAAGUCCACCCUUUCCUCCCUAACACGGACCUCGUCAAGUACUGCCAGGAAAACGACAUCCUCGUCGCUGCCUACUCGCCGCUCGGGUCCCAGAACCAAGUUCCCAGCACGGGCGAGAAGGUCCGCACCAACCCCAAGCUCAACGAAGUUGCCGAGCGAAGCGGUCACGACCUUGCGCAAGUACUGCUCGCAUGGGGUCUUCAGCGCGGCUACGUUGUCCUGCCCAAGAGCUCCACGCCUAAGCGCAUCGAGAGCAAUUGGCUCAUCCCCGAGCUCAGCAAGGCCGACUUUGACGCCGUCGAGGAGGUCGCCAAGGGACGGCACACACGUUUUGUCAACAUGAAGGACACUUUCGGCUACGAUGUCUGGCCAGAGGAGACCGACGGUGGUGAGCUCAAGGCAUAG